UGAGGGACUUUGAUUUUUUUUUUUCUGUAGUUUCUCUUAACUUGGAGGUGAAUUAGAGUUAGAGAUUAUAUAUUAAAUACUCCAACAUGGGUAAGUUCAAAAGGGUGUGUGUGUUUUGUGGAAGUAAUUCAGGGAACAGAAAGAUAUUCAGCGAUGCAGCUCUUGAUCUCGGCGCACACCUGGUGGAACGGAAGAUGGAUUUGGUGUACGGAGGUGGGAGUAUUGGGCUAAUGGGUUUGGUUUCUCGAACAGUUUAUGACGGUGGAUGUCAUGUUCUCGGAGUAAUCCCAACAGCUCUUGUCUCAGUUGAGAUAUCAGGGCAUGCAGUAGGGGAAGUGUUGAUUGUGUCUGACAUGCAUGAACGAAAAGCAGAGAUGGCCCGUCGAGCUGAUGCUUUUAUUGCACUCCCAGGCGGCUAUGGGACAAUGGAGGAGUUACUUGAGAUGAUAACCUGGUCUCAGCUGGGCAUCCAUCACAAACCUGUAGGUGUGUUGAACGUGGAUGGGUAUUUUGAUAGCUUGCUGGGGUUGUUUGACAAAGGUGUAGAAGAGGGAUUCAUCAACGCUUCUGCUAGGACCAUUGUCAUAUCCGCUAAGAAUGCUCAUGACCUCAUCCAGAAGAUGGAGGAGUACGUGCCUGAUCAAGAUCGAGAGGCGCCAAGUCAAAGCUGGAACAACGAGUGCAAUAAUGAUAUGAGUUGGUAGCAGUUUGCUUCCUGUUGGCAUCUGGAAAGGGAAAACCCCUUUUUUUUUUUUUUUUCUUUUAACAGUGUAGGCGAGGUUUAAAGAGAAUUAGAAAAAGAUAAAUUUAUGAAGGUUGGUUUCGAAACUUAAUUUUGUUUGAAUUUAACUUUUAAAG